GUAGUUCAUGAACCAAGCCUUCGCUGUAGUAGCGAGAAGGACGACCGUCUGAAAAGAGGAGGGGUUUAAUCAUGUGCAUUUCCGGUUCAAAGUAGAGCGUGCUGCUGCCGUGUCACCGGUUUGAACUGUGAAUCAUUGACAGGACAUACGCUUAAGAGUAAGAGAGAUAAUGGCUGAAAAGAGUAGUCCCCCUCUCAUCCUGGAUCAUAAUUUAUGGGGAACCUUUACACAUCAUGGAUCUGACCUGGAUCAUCAUGAUGUGCCUGAUGGGCCAGACAGAAUAUACAUGGAUUACAACGCCACCACACCAGUCGAUCCAGAGGUGAUCAGGGCUGUUACUGAUGCUUUAACUGAUGCGUGGGGAAAUCCCAGCAGUAAUUACCUACCAGGUCUGAAAGCCAGAGACAUCAUUUACCAUUCCAGAGACACCAUUGCAAGGAUGGUUGGUGGAAAAGCAGCAGAUAUUAUUUUUACUUCAGGAGGAACUGAGGCCAAUAAUCUGGUGUUUCACACAGCUGUGGAGCAUUUCAGGAAGAGCAAGACUUCUGCAGAGGGAGGCACGAACAGCCAGCAGAUGAAUGGAAAAGGCUCUUUACCUCAUAUUAUCAUCUCUAAUGUGGAGCAUGACUCCAUCAAACUCACAGCUAAACACUUGUUAAAGGAGGACAAAGCAGAUGUCACAUUUGUGCCCGUUUCCAAGGUGACGGCACGGGUGGAGGUUGAGGAUGUCAUUGCAGCGAUUCGUCCCACCACCUGCUUGGUGUCGAUCAUGCUGGCCAAUAAUGAGACAGGCAUCAUUAUGCCAAUUAAGGAUAUUUGUCAGAGGGUGAAGGAUGUAAACAAACAGAGGGCAGCAUCAGCUCCCAGAAUCCUCCUGCACACUGAUGCAGCCCAGGCUAUAGGAAAGAUACGAGUGGAUGCACAUGAGCUGGGAGUAGACUACAUUACCAUCGUAGGACACAAGUUUUAUGGCCCACGAAUCGGAGCUUUGUUCGUGAAUGAUCCUGGAACCACAACCCCUGUUUACCCUUUGCUUUUUGGAGGAGGACAAGAGCGCAACUUCAGGCCAGGAACUGAAAACACAGCAAUGAUAGCAGGUCUGGGAAAGGCUGCCGAAUUAGUAAGCUUAAAUCUAGCAGAGUAUGAAGCCCAUUUCCUGGAUAUCCGACGUUAUCUAGAGCAGAAGCUGCGUGCUGUCUUUGGAAAAGAUAAGAUUCAUUUUAAUAGCCAUUUUUCUGGCUCAGACAUUUUGCCCAACACAUGCAAUGUUUCCAUUUUGGGAAGAGGACUUCAAGGGCGUAGAGUGCUGUCCACCUGUAGGAGGUUGUUGGCCAGUGUGGGUGCUGCCUGUCACUCAGACAGAGGAGAUCAACCUUCUCAUAUUCUUCUAAGCUGUGGGAUUCCAUAUGAUGUGGCUACCAAUGCUCUGAGGAUUAGUGUGGGUAGAAGUACCUCCCGUGAAGAUGUGGACAUUGUCGUGGAGGAUCUGAGAGACACUGUAGAGCAACUGGAGCGAAUGAACUAGCACCAUUUGUUCCCUGAGGUGUGAAUGUUGCACACGCCAAUAUAUAACCAAAAACAAUUUUACUGAAUUGUUUAUUUAAUCUAGAGCUAUGUGGCUUUGCGCAUAAAUUUGAUAAUGUCAUGAUGAGUAUAGGCUUCAGGUUUUCAGGGUCAUCAUCAGGUUGCACUAUACAGAUCUAAAAACUAUUUAUUUAACAGAAUAUUAUAUUGAAAUCUUAUUUGGUUUAAACAUUUGAUUUAUGGAACUGCAGGGAAUUUACUGUAGCUGAUAAAUAGUUUUUACAUUUUAAACAGCUUGCAUAUAGGGGUGUGCUAUAUGUAUCAUCUACGAUAAUAUUGUAUGUAAUUAUGUCACUCACUUUGCAUAAAGCAAACAAAAACACACCUUGAGUGUCCACACAAUUCACUUUUUGUUGUAGCUUAUUAGAAUGGAGUUAGAAUGUCCCUAAAAUUCAAUGGGAUAUUGAUUUUUAUACAAGAAGUUUCUAUUAAGUGCGUUACAUGUUAGACACUAUAUAUUGUAUAUUUUUCCCUAUUUUGCCAAGGAAUAGUUCCAAACAGUUUUAAGUAUUUGGUUUAGGUAUCUAGGGGUCAGUUUGCCCCUCCUAAUUUUACAUGUAAUACACUGUGAUGAUGUUUUUUUUUUAAACGGUUUCAUAAUAGAAUGAUGUGUAAAAAGACCUAUGUACAAAAUUGUAUGUUGUAGAUGUUCAUAACCUUUUUUUAAGGGAAAGACAAAGACCUGUUCAUUGUAACUUGGUGGCUGCACUUAGUUGCAUUGUGAUGUGACGGAGCGUGCACGUUCAGAAUGAGACAGAGAUAUCUGUUACCAGUACAACAAAGCUGCAACAGCAUUAUUAAAUGAGCUAAAUGGACUCUCUUUAACGUCUCAGUGCUGAUCUGAUCUCACCUGACACUGAAUCAUUAAAGUUCAUAUGCUCUAACCAAA